AUGAGCUUUGGUAAUAAUUCUAGAAAUUCAUUUCCCUUUCCCCAGAAAACUCAGCAGCAGCAACGACCACCACCCCAAAUCCCAUUUCAACAGCAAAAUCCUCAACCAAAACAACAAAUGAAAACAGAUUCAGAAAAUUAUGCCAAGCAGGAAACAAAUUAUAAUCCUUCUCCAGCACUUUCACGACAGCCUUCUCGUUUAUAUACAAGCCAGGAAACAGUGCCACCCAUUUCUUAUGCAACAAUGAAUACAUACUUGGGUUCUACAGUUCGUGUUGUUGGAAGAGUGCUGGAGGUUGAAUCAGGAACGGCAAAAUUACAAAUGUGCGAUGGAGGAGAAUUAGUUAUCAAGAUCAUAAAUCCGCAAUAUUACCAAUGUAAAUUUGUAGAGGUCACCGGACGUCUCAAUCGCGACAACACCCUUCAAGAAUAUACAGCAAUCCAGUUUAACGAUGACUUUGAUUUGGACGUUUAUAAUAAUGAACUGGAGAUUUCAAGAAAAUUUCCCAGCAUAUUUCAUGAGUCUGAUACAAAGGAUAUUAAAGGGUUCUAA